AUGGGGCGGAGCAGCCCGGGGGAGCGGCGGGGGCUGCUGGCGGCGGCCGAGCUGGGGAGGCGGGAGCACCGGCUGGAGCAAGGGCACUAGCCCCGCAGCGCCCCCGAGCACGAGCGCUCCGCGCUGCUACCGCGACAAGGCCCCUGGGCUCGCUUCUCCCCCCCGGCUCAGGCAGCACCUGCUGCCCGGACAGCGCCCGAGCGCCCGGCAGGGACACAGGCUCCCCCUCCCCCGCGCAGCCGUCAGGCCCCGCCCCCCGCUGGCUCACCUGCCGGCAGGUGCCGGGGCCGGAUGCUGAGUCAGAGCCAAAGGUUGGGUCUCUAAAGCGGCAUCGCCCUGGGUCCGCUCCGCCGUCCCGUGACUUCUCCUGCCGGCGCCGCCAUGGUCUCGGCUCCGAGCUGCCCGCCCGGCGCCCGGGGGCUCCUGGCGCUGCUGCUGCUGCUGUCCGGGGCUCGUGGAUCAACUGUAAAACCCACAGAAAAAACCACUGAAAAUACCACAGGCAUUUGCGAGUCUCCUCCAAGAUUGAGUUUUGCUGAGCUGUCUGGGCCAGUGAACAAUUCCUAUCCUGUUGGAACCAAACUGAAAUACUCCUGUCGCCCAGGAUACAUGUUGGGCUCUGGAAAGUCUCCUUAUGUAACAUGUCUUGCAAAUUCAACAUGGUCAGUAGACCCUGAGUUUUGUGUAGGAAGACCAUGUAAACCACUAGAACUACAAAAUGGCAGGGUUGAUUUAACUGAUCUCCUGUUUGGUGCAACAGCAAACUUCUCCUGUAAUGAAGGGUACAGAUUAAUUGGAACUACUUCUGCCAAAUGUGUGGUUGUGGAAAAUGGAGUUGAUUGGGAUAAGGAGCUUCCACAUUGCGAAGCAAUACCUUGUCAUCCACCUCCUCCUAUCACCAAUGGAUCCCAUAAUGGUCAGAGUGAACAACAGUUUUUCUAUGGCUCAGCAGUAACUUACAAAUGUGACCGGGGCUUCUCUCUUAUUGGAGAGGCCACCAUUCAUUGUACAACAAAAGAUAAUGUCGAUGGAGAGUGGAGUGGGCCUGCCCCUGAAUGCAAAGUGGUCAAGUGUCCAGAGCCUGAAGUCAAAAAUGGGAAAAAGCAAUCUGGGUUUGGACCUGACUAUUCAUAUGGAAAUACCGUAAUAUUUGAAUGCGAUUCUGGCUACACUCUGAAGGGUAGCAGUUUAGUUAAAUGUGAAGCUAACAAUUCAUGGGUUCCAUCUUUGCCCACCUGUCUAAGCAUAACACAUACUACACCUACAACACCUACUACACCUACAACUUCCCCUCCAGGAGGAACAGAAGAUACUUCAGGGCCAAACACUGGUACCAUGAUUGCUAUUGGAGUCGUCAUUGGUUUAUUGGUGGCUGGUGGAAUUGUUGCCAUUGUGACAUACAAAGCUUGCUUUGGGGGAAAAGGGUGAGCCAAAACAAGAACCUGAUGUCUCACUAAUUCUUCAGAGUAGUUCACCAUUUCUUUCCUGUAGUGCUUCAAUUGCUGUGUGCGCUAAUAUAGUCUGAGGUUUUACCUGAUUUUUGUUUAGUUUAGCAACCCGUAUCUUUUCUUGCAUACCUGCAUGCGAGGAGAAAGCAAAGGCAUGGCUCUCCAAAACUGCACUCACCAGCAGCUCUGAAGUAAUGACACUUCCCAACUAUACAUAGAGGCUUUUCUAGGAUCACAUCUCAAAUUUUUUUUAUCAGCAGCCAAGUGCAGAAGCUUUUAAGUGAAUUAAAUGGACUAUUUUCUCUAACUUGGCCAUGCUUCAUGUAAUGCUACUUCGCCAUUCCAGGAAAAUGUAGUCUGCAUUAAGAAAAACACUUAAUACCAUAUUUGUUGUAUUUGCUUUUGUUGGAAAACAUCUUGUGUUGUGCAGAAAUCUGUAUUGGAUGCUGAAAGUUUAGGAUAGAACUGUUUUGUGGUUUGUUUGUUUUUUUUGUUUUUUUGUUUUUUGUUUUAGAUCUUUACAUCCUAAUGUGUUUUGCUAAGCUGAGUAACCCCAUCUUACACAAAGCAAAACUAACACAUGCUUAAUUGCCUGAACCAUCCCCCUGCCUCAAAUCCCAGCCCUUCAGCUGUGGAAACUCAAGCCCCAAUCCUGUCAGCACUUCCACAUGUGCUUUAAUUUUUAUGCACAUGAAGAUAUCCCCUCAUCUUACAGGGGUUCUGUGACAAUCAUGUAGCCAAGUGAUUCAGAAAUGGAAUUAAUGUGUCUGUCUUCAGAGCAGGGUUUGAAGAGUGUGCAGUAAAUAAGGCCUGGGGCCACAGCUGUACAACAAGGAGAAAACACAACAUAAGAAUGGCCAUAUGGUCCAUCUAGUCUAGUGGCCACUGUUGGUUGAUUCAGAGGGAAUGAACAGAACAGGGCAAUGAUCAAGAGAUUGAUUCCCUGUUGCCCAGUCUCAGUUGUUGGCAAGUGUGCUGACACCCAGAGCAUGGGCUUGCAUCCCUAAGCAUCUUGGCUAAUAGCCAUUGAUGGAACUAUCCUCCAUGGACAUAACUACCGUAAUUCUUUUGUGAUCCCAGGUAGAUUUUUGGCCUGUCAACAAGUUCCACAGGUUGACUCUGUUGUGUGAAGUACUUCUUUGUUAGUGCUAAACCCGAUGCCUAUUAAAUUCAUUGGGUGACCCCUGAUUUUUGUGUUAUGUGAGGGGGAGUAAAUAACACUUCAUGCCAUUUAUGAUUUUUUGAGACCUCUAUCAUAUCCCCGUUAGUCUUCUAAGCACAUUUCUAAACAAAAAAUAUAAGCUGCUCCUUAAGUGAGUAAUAUCUGUCAUAUGCACUGAGUGAGGCAGGGGUCCUGUGGGGAGAAAACAGCAGGUGAUCGUGUAACUAAAGACUGAUCACCGUGCGUAUGGACAAGGAGGUCAACUCAGGUUGUACAGGCAACCUUAAUUCUUGCCUUUUCUUUGCAGCCUUAUUAAUGUUUUUUAACAUAGGAUGUUUAAUGUAGGACUUUCUAGUAUUCCACACAAAAGAGUUGUCCUUAAAUAUCCAGCUAACCCUCAGCCCAUCUCCUCAGCAGCCUCGGGCGGGUGGGGCGGGGGAGGAGGACAUGGCAGAGGUUCACUACAUAUAGUCACUUUUGCACAACUUAGUAAAUUCAGCAGUUUAGAUUAAAUUUUCAGAAUAUUACUUUAAAAUCAGUACAGAUAUAAAAAUGAAUAAAUGAUUAAAAAAAAUUCUGGCCAGGCAGCCCAAAAGCACUGUACAAAAAGGUUCUACACUACUACCUCAUUUCCUUCUGUCCUCAGCAAUAAUGUAGGGAAUCGAUGUGCUUUGCUCACACUCCUUUUCACACUAUAUACUUUAAUAUUCUUAUUUCUAAGAUAAUAGAAAUCAAUUUCUUCCUGUCAACAUACCAGUCUUUUAAAUGGGACACUAGAGCUUUUAUCAGCUUCUACAAAUCAAUCCCUUUAUACAACCAAGGACAAUUAAAGCUCCAUUUUUAAACUGUAGAUCCAUGUAAAAAGGAAAAAUCAGGGCACAUUCAGCGUGGCCAGUGGGAGGGAAGGAGCUGUGUCUGGUGGUCUGAAACUUAGUGUAUGUCUACAUUGGAACUGGAGGUGUAACUUUGAGCUCAGGUGUAGACAUACCUGCAUUAGCUCGGAUUGAGCUAGCAUGCUAAAAACACAAGUGUAGCUGCAGUGGCGCUGUACUUGGAAGGCUGACUUGCCACUCGUGCCGCCACAGCUACACUUCUGUUUGUAGCAUGCUAGCACUGGGCUAUGUCUACCCGAGUUGCAAACUACAUCUCCAGCUCCGGUAUGGACAUAGCCUUAGUGUGUCUGUCCCAAUCCCCCAACCCAAAGUGUCUUCUCUAUUUUGAUUUUCUCCUCCCAUUGACAAAACAGGAAUACUUGAGUUAUCCUCAAACUAGGUGUGUGUCCCAGAGCUUUUUCCCAUGGACCCCAAGAGAUUCAGGCCCAGAAUGUCUUCAGAAAUGUCUAAAAUUUUCAAGUUUGUAAAAUGUGAAUAUGGCUCACUAAAAACAUAAUCCUAUUGAUCUGCUGUUCAAGAUUUGCUCGCUACAGCGUUCACAGUGGAGAUUUUGUCUUGCUGCUAAUUAACACUGUGUAAAAGCUUUUUAAAAUUGUUUUAAAGUGUUACUAUUUGAAAAACUGCCAUUUAUAUGAAGUUCCCUUGGGUUCCAUGGAUUCUGAAGUGCCUUUGAUUUGCACCCAAGAUCUAGUUUCAAUCUAAAUUUCUUUGUUUAGCUCUAACUUUGCUAUAGAUAUCUUAGAUGCUAUGGAGCCUGCUUUCUACUGUAUAACCAUUCUCAGAAAUGUCAGUAUUGCUUGUUACCUGUGUAGGCAGAGACUCACAUCUUCCCAUCCACGUAAUAAACAUUCUUAGCUUACAGGACAUUUCAACAAAGCACCUGCCUAAUAUCUUUUGUAGGGUAAAUGAGAAUUCUGGUGCUGAGGCUUAUUUUAAUCUUUCAUCUGUAAGCAAAGACCAAUGAUCAUAAGCCUUUAACAGCACAUGGUGUCCCAUGACAUGUCUAAACUAAUGAGAUGAUGUGCAGCAUCCUACAACUGCUAAUUUAGAGCUGUCUCCAGCUACACAGGUAACUGACUUUAGAGAUCCUUUCUGCUUUGUAUAACUUUUAGCUUUCCUUUUAUUUUCGAUAUCCUUUAAUGCUUUUUUAGAGGAGGUACAUUGACCAGCUGUUGUGCUCAAGCACAAUAUAAUUCAAGUCGUGAGCUAUUAGAUACUAUCCCUCUGAAGCAACACUUAUGCUAGUUGUGACGUAUUGCACUUUUGUCAUGACCAUCAAGCCUGGUGCUUGUUGACUGUAAUAUUGUAUUUGGAAGCCCAAUUAGUAAAAUCUUUUGAAUAAUAUUCCGUGUUGGAAGUUCCCAAGAAAAGAUACUCGCAUUUGAAAUGGGCUUUUACUGCCAGAAUAAAACAAAUCCAAUAUUAAGAUGACUUGCAAGUAGCAUGUUGCUAUGUAGUCUCUCUGACUAUGAAAAGUACUGACUUGCUAAGAUUUAACUGGGGACAGUUUUGAAAGAACUAGCCUAAAUGAGGUAACUCGUCCUCUUAUACGUUUUAACCAGAGCUGUCUAUUAAAUAGGAAAAGACACGCACAUUAGAGAAGAAAAUUUGUACAUUGGUUUCUUGCAUUCCAAUGCGAUUUUUACAAUGCCAAGACUAAUCCACAUACAAAAAUGACUUUCUCUGUGUGAGGAAACAGGAUUCUGACCAACAGUUCCUGAUUCAGGACAUGGUACAAUGUGGCUUGUUUUACCUAACUUUUGUCAAAACACACAAAUGAAAUCUAAAACUCAGAAGUUUAAUGUUGUGUAUUUUUGUGUUCACUUAAUCCCAGAAACAGUUUGCUGUCUGAAAAAGUAAAGCCAUAGGUUUUUCCAAUAAUUUAACUUCAGUUUUUAGGAAACCCUUUUAAGCUUUAUACUUGACUUUAAUUAAUUUGCAUAUUGACCAAUCUUUUGUCAAACUAUUAAUAGCUCUUUUGAAUGUUUUCUAGAAGAGCAAUAUGCUUAAAUAAAUUUGAGACUUCACUCAGUAAAGGGGUACUAGCACAUACACUAAUUAUAAAUUAGUCCUCUAUACCCAAUCAUGUGAACCUGAAGCUUGACAUCUCUGUUUGCUGCAGUCCCCUGGAGAUGUUUGAUUGGCGGAAAUAUGAAUAUAAAUAUUGAUAGGAAGCUUGAGUUAAAACUGUGUCUCCUUUAAAAGGGGCACAGCUGGGUAGAGUGCAUAUAGAUCUUACCUGGUAUGGGAUUUCUUACACAAUUGAGUUUGAAUAGAAAAUUGUACAUAAAAUUUUGGAUUUAAACAUUCUCUUAGUUUGCAACACUGCAAUGCUUCAUUGUGCUAGUGCUUGGAAAGCUAAUUUUCUCUAUGUGCACUGAAAGAAAUGCAAAAGUAAGUAGCAUUAACUAGUUUUUUUUAAUCUUUCACUUUUUUAAUCAUCUAAUGAUAUGGAAAUAACAUGUAAGGAUCUUUUAAGCCAGUUAAACUCAUGACUAUAGAAUUCUAGAAGUGAGAGACAGAGAGGACCUGUCAAAUCAUCCUGUUCCUGCAAAGGCAGGAUUGUUCUCUACCAUUUUAGUCCAUGCUAGUUUUAAAAGUUACAGGUAAUAGGGCUUCCACUACUUCC